GGAGGUGCUUGCGCAUGUGCAAGGCCAGAGCGGGAGAGGCUGAGAGGGAGGCGUUGAGGACGCGAAAAUAGGAAGGCCUGACGAGGUUGCUCGCCAGCGCCCUCCCUGGUGAACGGUGGCCGAAAAGACAGGGGAGCGGUGAAUGGCAACGGCGCUACGUAGUAAGAGUCGCUCCUUCAGCUGUUUACUGCCGUUGCCUUUUUCGUACGUCUCUGCAGUAGCCUCGCGCAGGUUAAUUAUUAUGGAGGCUGCGGCAUCUUCCCCCUCGUAUUCUUGUAGUCCCGGUGAGGCCGUUUGGUGGCUCGGAGUGCUUCGGUUUGACAACCGGGCACUGCGGGCGCUUCCGCUGGACCCGAGUGAAGAGAAUGUGCCUCGGCCUGUGGCGGACGCUUGCUUCUCCCGUGUGCGGCCUACCCUAGUGCAGACCCCGCGACUCGUAUCUGUGUCUCAGCCAGCGCUGGCGCUACUGGGCCUGAGGGAACCGCGGACGCUGGAAGAGAAGGCUGAGGCGGCGCUUUACUUCAGCGGGAACCGGCUACUGCCGGGAGCGGAGCCCGCCGCCCACUGCUACUGCGGCCACCAGUUCGGCAACUUCGCUGGGCAGCUCGGUGACGGCGCUGCCAUCUACCUGGGCGAGGUGUUGAACCCGCGCGGCGAGCGCUGGGAGAUCCAGCUUAAGGGCGCCGGCCUCACCCCCUUCUCCCGACAAGCAGAUGGUCGUAAAGUUUUACGAUCAAGCAUACGAGAAUUCCUUUGUAGCGAGGCAAUGUUCCAUCUAGGAAUACCUACAACCAGAGCUGGAGCCUGUGUAACAUCUGACUCAGAAGUUAUUCGGGACAUUUUUUAUGAUGGAAAUCCAAAAAAAGAAAGGUGCACCAUUGUCUUGAGAAUAGCACCAACAUUUAUCAGAUUUGGAUCAUUUGAAGUUUUUAAACCUGCUGAUGAACAUACAGGACGUAAAGGCCCCAGUGUUAAUAGAAAUGAUAUUCGUAUACAAAUGCUUGAUUAUGUGAUCAGCACUUUCUAUCCAGAGAUUUUACAAGCACAUCCAGACAAUAAUGUUCAGAGGAAUGCUGCUUUCUUUCAGGAGGUAACAAGGCGGACAGCAAGGAUGGUUGCUGAAUGGCAGUGUGUUGGAUUCUGUCAUGGUGUGCUCAAUACUGAUAACAUGAGUAUAGUUGGACUUACAAUUGAUUAUGGACCUUUUGGAUUUAUGGACAGAUACGAUCCUGAACAUAUUUGCAAUGGGUCUGAUAACACAGGGCGCUAUGCUUACAAUAAACAACCAGAGAUUUGUAAGUGGAAUAUAGGCAAACUUGCUGAAGCCUUAGUCCCAGAACUUCCAUUGGAAAUCAGUAUACGCAUACUGGAAGAAGAAUAUGAUACAGAAUUUGAGAGACAUUAUUUGCAGACAAUGAGAAAGAAGCUAGGACUAAUUCAGCUCCAGUUGGACGAUGAUAAUAAAUUGGUAUCUGAUUUAUUGGAAACUAUGCAUCUCACAGGUGCAGAUUUUACAAAUACUUUCCGCUUGCUGAGUUCUUUCUCAGUAGACUCUGAUCCUUUAAAAUUGGAAGACUACUUAGAUAAGAUUUCAAAGCAGUGUGCGUCUUUAGAAGAACUGAAAGUUGCAUACAGGCCUCAAAUGGAUCCCAGACAACUUUCAAUGAUGCUGAUGUUGGCACAAUCUAAUCCACAACUUUUUGCCUUAAUUGGAACAAAAUCUAACAUAAAUAAAGAACUUGAACGCAUAGAACAGUUCUCUAAGCUACAGCAGUUAACAGCAUCUGAACUGCUUAGUAGCAAUAAAGGACACUGGAAAGACUGGCUGCAGAACUACAGAGGUCGUCUAGAAAAAGAAAUGGAACAUGUUAGUAAUGCUGAUACCUGGAAUGCUGAACAUGUGAAAAUUAUGAAUUCAAACAAUCCAAAAUAUAUCUUGAGAAAUUACAUUGCUCAAAAUGCAAUAGAAACAGCAGAAAAGGGAGACUUCACAGAGGUGACUGAAGUCUUGAAACUCUUAGAAAAGCCAUAUGAAGAUAAAGAAUGUUACAGUGAAGUAACUGAAGAUACUGAAGUGGAAGGAAUUGGGGCUGCAGCUGCUGCCUGCAGUUCAGCAACCAGGGGAAGAGUUCCAUAUAGUAGUAAACCUCCACUCUGGGCUUCAGAACUCUGUGUUACAUGAUCUUCGUAACUGCCUUGCUUGUAUUUUCCACAGAGAUCUUGAUCUUCCCAAGUGGAAAGUGCAACAAGGCACAACAGAAGUGCUAUUAAGUCUCAAACAGUUUGGUUGGAUAUCUUCACAGACUCACUUGAGCCAUGAUCAUUUAUAGCAUGUAACAAUCACAGCUGUCCAUGCACUCUUGAGGUGUUGGAAGAGAAACCAAAGUUGUAUCUUCUCCCCAUCACGCACAAAGUGCAGUUAUAUUUUCUGCACAUUGAUCUGUGAACAUCCAAAUGAAAUCUGUGUUUGUGAAGACAAAAAUAGCAAACCAGGUAUUGGAAGUAUUUUUGUCUGAAAGUGAUCUAAUAGUACUGACAAUGUUUAUAACAUUUUUAUUAUGCAAGGAUAUUUUGAUUCUGUCUCAGUGGGAAGUAGGUUUAAGCUCAUCAUUGCUUAUUUGAAGCUGUGUUUCAUUUAAUUGUGUAGUUCAUGAAAUGUGAAUCUUCAUAUUUAUAUCAGGUUUUUAGAGAAAUAAUAGGCAAGUAAGGAAAAUAUGGCAAUAAUGUAUAUUAUAAAAAAGAAUGAAGAAAAAAGUUACAGCUUAACUACUUUAUAUAUAGUGGCUUCAUUUCAGCUAUGUUGAUGUCCAUAUUGAAGCAUAUAGUUCAGGACAGUAUCCUGCUUCUGGAUCUGUGCAUGCAGUUCAUUUUACUGGAUCUCGAAUGAUUUGUACAGUCCUAAAAAAAAGAGGUUUGGUCAUCAAUUGCUGGAACAGCUGGGGAGACUGAAUCCUCAUCCCUCUUCUGUCUUCUUAUAGUGUGGAGUAUGGCUAAGGACUGCAGCUUAGAUUUCUUCAACAGGAUAAUUUUUGUCAAAAUACACUGUGAUAUUGCUUGGGGUGUAAACAAUGCCUUCAGCAUUCAGAUGAUGUAUGCUUUCACAUUUAUAUAGCAUAUUUAUUUUGUAUGUAACAACUUUGCUACCUCAGGAGAGUCUUUCAUUCUCACACUUUCUGCUUUUGUGGUAACUGCUGAAAUAUUUUAAUAGCAUUUUCUCAAUCAGAUACAUUAACAAAACAGCUGCAUGAAGACAUUACUGUUCUUCAGAAAAGUAAAAGGAGAUGUUGCUAAAAUAAAUCUCACUGGGUGGGUGACCGACCAUUUCUGUAGUCCUAAGGCCCAUUCAUUAGUGUCCCAUUAAAAUAAUUAGGAAUGUACUUCCAGGUAGCAUAGGCCAUCUUCAUAUUUUCAUUGAUCCGGAUAACUGACGUGGCAAUGCACCUGAGAUACCGUGUCCUUUCUGCCUUAUAAUGUAAAUGUACACUAGUGGGUGGAAAAAAACAGUACUUUGAAUGUGGGAUGGGGACAAAUGGUAGGUAUAGAAAUUUCUGUGAAGAGCAGCAUACAGACUUUUCUUGCUUUUAAUUUAGAACCCUGUACAUGUGUUCACUCAAAUGCAUGAAUAGGGCUGCUGUGAGCCUGGCUAUUAGGAGAUCUUUUUUGUGGCUUCUGAGGGUCUUUAUGUACAGUUUUUAAUUUUAAAAAAUAGUGCUUCGGACAGCUGUUGUGAAUGGGAAACCUAUUGCCCAUAGUCAAACUUCAGUUAAUUUUUAUCCAAUUUUAGCAAUAAAAACAUAUGAAUGUUCUUGUGAUUUUUUUUAAGUAUUGCGCUCUACCUUUUUUAAAAAUUGGUGUUCCAGCCUUUUCUCAUUCUGCAAAUAGCAGCAACAAUCUGGAAAUUAUUACCCUGAGCUGGGUUUGUUGAAAAUAA